AUGGAAAAAAGAUUAAAAGUUUCUUAUAAAUAUACAAUAAUGAUAUUAUUUUUCGAUCCACGAUUCAAAUUAUUAAAAUUUAUUGAUGAAAAUGAGAGACUUGAAAUUAUUGAAGAUUUGCGUCAAGAAUAUCAAUAA